GCCCCGAAACUCCGGAUCAAUGAGCGGUGGCGCGGGGCGGGGCGUAACGCCCGGCCCCCGCUGCCGCCUUUCGGUUUCUCUCUUUUCCAGGAAGGAAAACACCGGCGAGGAUCGGGGCCGCGCCCUCCCCCACCUUCCGCGCCCCCUCCCUCUUCCCCCGCCCCCAUCGCCUCUCACGCGGAGCUGCGCGGGCAGAGAGCGCGCAGGGCAGGCGCGCGCGAAGCCGUCGGCGUGCGGGGGGGGCGGCGGCGGCGGCGGCGGCGGCGGAUCGAGGAGGGGACCCGGCACCGGGGACCGGCGGGGUGACCCCCCCAGCCCCGGCAGCGCCGCGCCCGCCCCCGGCCGCGCUGCCGGCGGUAACUUCCCCUUGAGGGGACGGGCCGGGUGGGGCCGCGCCGCCGGGCCGGGAGAGGAGCGUAAAGUGGGGAAAGCCCGAGAACUUCCCGUCUGCCCGUCUGCGCCUGCCCCACCGGGCUCCGCAGAGUCCCUCCUGAGAGAUGUCCGACGCUCCUGCUCAGUGUUGCAUCAAGGUUUGCAGCCCGUUUACUGGAGCAGGGAGGAUGUGGCACAGUGGCUCAGGUGGGCGGAGAAGGAGUUUUCCUUGAGGCCGAUUGAGAGCAACACUUUCGAGAUGAACGGCAAGGCUCUGCUGCUCCUGACCAAAGAGGACUUCCGAUACAGGUCUCCUCAUUCGGGUGAUGUUUUAUAUGAACUCCUUCAGCAUAUCCUGAAGCAAAGGAAAGCUCGUAUGCUCUUCACACCUUUCUUCCACCCUGGGAACUCUAUCCAUGCUCAACCAGAGGUCAUAUUACACCAGAAUCAUGAUGAAGAUAGCUUUGUCCAGAGACCUUCAAGACCAUCCACAGAAACAGUCCACCACAACCCCCCAACCAUUGAACUGUUGCAUCGUUCUAGAUCGCCCAUCAGUAACAACCACCGUCCAUCACCAGAUCCCGAUCAGCGACCACUCAAGUCCCCUAUGGACAACACUAUCCGUCGCCUCUCCCCAGCCGACAGGGUGCCGGGAACGAGGCAUCAUCAUGAGAACAACCAGCAAGAGCCUUAUCCUCUCUCAGUGUCCCCAGUAGAAAACAACCACUGCCCGCCUCCUUCUGAGGUGCUCCAGAAGCCCUCCAGCCCUCGCCAGGAGAACACCAGGGUCAUCCAGCUGAUGCCCAGCCCUAUCAUGCAUCCUUUGAUAUUGAACCCCAGGCACUCCGAUUUCAAACCACCAAGGCUGUCUGAGGAUGGGCUGCACAGGGAAGUAAAGCCAAUCAACCUGUCCCACCGAGAAGAGUUAGCUUAUAUGAACCACAUCAUGGUGUCUGUAUCCCCUCCUGAGGACCAUGCAAUGCCAAUUGGAAGAAUAGCAGACUGUAGGUUGCUUUGGGAUUACGUUUAUCAGCUGCUUUCUGACAGCCGGUACGAAAAUUUCAUCCGAUGGGAAGAUAAGGAAUCCAAAAUAUUUCGGAUAGUGGAUCCCAACGGGCUGGCCCGGCUGUGGGGAAACCACAAGAACAGAACAAAUAUGACUUAUGAGAAAAUGUCCAGAGCUCUACGCCACUACUACAAACUAAACAUUAUCCGGAAGGAGCCAGGACAAAGGCUUUUGUUCAGGUUCAUGAAGACCCCGGAUGAGAUUAUGAGUGGCCGAACAGACCGCCUCGAGCACCUUGAAUCCCAGGAACUGGAUGAACAAAUAUACCAAGAAGAUGAGUGCUGAAGGAAACAGGUGCACCACCUCUGUGGGUCCAUGGGAGAAACAUCUGCCUGGAUGGUUGGCAUGGUUUGGGAGGGGAAGCAACAACACAGAAGCAGUACUUGAGGUUGCCGCUUAGCUUGAAAACCACACAGGACGUGAAGCACCUUAACAAAACAAACUAACAGGCAGAAGUGGUGCUGGCAGAAAAGCAAAGGGGAGAAAGCCUGGACUUGUGCACUACUUCACUGUUCCUACAAAGUCUCCCUUGAGUUCUUUCCUUUUUUUUUUUGUUGUUUGUUUGAGUUGGGGGGGGGGUUAUUGGGUUUUUUUCCCUAAUAAACAUGCAGUUUGACUUUCCUUAUCUUACAUAGGACAAGAUGUCA